AUGGAAGUUGGAAGAAAUCACCCAAUCGAUAGUCCAGACAAAUCUUCACGUGUUGUGUCGGAGGGCGAGAUGAGCGAGGGAGAGAGAGAGAUCCUAAUCACUGAGGGACCAAUCCUAAUGGACACACAAAUCGCGUCGCCAUUGGCUGAAGCAGUUCCGGAGGCGAAACGCCCCAACAAUAGACGAGUGUACUCCGACUACCCCUACAUUAAACACAAAGACUUAUUCCAUAAAAGUGGUGCUCCAAGGAAUCGAAUGAAAGAAGAAUCGAUUUACUCCGAAGAAAUCCCCGAUUGUGAGGAAACCAUGGGUUUUCACUUCGUCAUUGAUACGAUCAUGGAAGCCGCACUACCCGCCUCUAAUGCCUGUGGGGUGGAUGUGCUCCCUGGGCGUUCGCUCACAAAUAUCGAGUACGCAGAUACACAGCUCUUCUUGGAUCUGACCCCGUGGCAAUUCAAACACUAUUAA